AGCUGCCUGCUUCACGCGCAAACCUGGAGCGUGACAAUCGCUCGCGCCCUUGCCUCUGGGCUGGCAGUUCCACCCGGCGGUUGAGGUAUCGUCAGUUCCGGUCGUCGCCUCCUUGCGGGUCAUACACGCCGAUUCAGAAAGGCUCUGCAGCCGCUUGUGGCGGUGUUCUCAGAAUGAUCUUUAAAUUCUGUCCAGAGUGUGGCCAAAAGAUAGAAACUACUUUUAAUUUUUGUCCAGCUUGUGGUUUCAAGAUACCUAAAGAAGAGACUGAGGAAGAUGUGCCAUCUGUUUCUGUCCAGUCCACAGCAUCUCCAGCUCAGACUGUGCCCAAUGCAGAGGUGCCCAAAACAAAGCACACCCCUGUGAAAAUAAUCCACCCGAAAAGGGAGAUAGCUUCUCCAAAGAGAAAACGAGAAAUGGAAACGAGUUUUCAAAGUUCCCCUACAAAACUUUCACAUGCUUCAAGAAAUCUCAAAGGAAAACGCCAGAAAAUCAAUCCAUUGGAACCAAUUCCAGAACAAACAAUCCUGACUGAUCAGAACAAUAAAAAAUGGAAACUUGUUGAGCUUCUCACGCCAAGUGACACUGAAUCUGGAUUGCUUUAUUCAGCGCAACAAGGGGCUGGCCCAUCACAACCGUGCAAAUAUAUUGUUAAAGUGGAUGCAAAGGAUGGCAGAAUUUUUAAUGAACAAAACUUUCUUCAGCGUGCUGCAAAGCAAAGCAAAGUGGACAAAUGGCUGAAGUCUCAUAUGAUGACAUUUCUGGGAAUUCCGACAUGUGUUGGCUUUGGAUUCCAUGAAAAUAUUUGCAGGUUUCUAGUAUUCCCAAACUUGGGUAACAGUCUGCAUUCAAUUCUUGAUAAAACUAAGAAAUCCUUGUCCAAGAAAGCAGUACUUCAGCUGGUUUACAGAAUGAUUGAUGUGCUUGAGUACAUUCAUACAAAUGAAUAUGUACAUGCUGAUAUCAAGCCAGAAAAUAUAUAUGUGAAUCCAAAUGAUUUAGAACAGGUAUACUUGGUCGGGUACUACUUUGCAUUCAGGUAUUGUCCUGAUGGUAAACACGUUGAAUACAGAGAAGGAAGCAGAACCCCACAUGAGGGCACUGUUGAAUUGAUCAGUGUAGAUAUACACAAAGGAGCUGGACCUUCCAGGCGUAGUGAUCUUGAAAUACUGGGCUACUGUAUGUUGAAGGCAUUGUGUGGUUCGCUGCCAUGGUCUGGUAAUGUUGAUUACCCCAAUUCUGUCAUGGAAGCAAAACAGAAGUACAAAGAUGACCUGCCAAGUCUUUUCAAGUACUGUUUUGGUAAAAGAAAGUUUCCAGAAGAACUGAAGAAAUAUUUUGAACAUGUCGUGUCCCUACAAUAUGAUGAGGAGCCUAAUUAUGAAGAACUCAGAAAUCAUCUAAAAGAUGGUCUUGAAAGGCUAGCCUCAUCCCCUUAUGACCCACUGGAUCUUAUCACUACUAUCUGAACUAUUGGUAACCAACUGUGAGAUCAGCAUUAACAUAUUGAGUCAAUUUGAAAAUCUAUGCCUUUAGAGAUGCACUUUUUUACAAUCAUGUUUUUAACGCUCUUUAGCUAUAGUUCUACAGUUACACGUUGUUUUGAAGAAAAUUGUGUGCUUGUGUGUAUUUCAUAUUUCCAGGUUUAUAUUUGGUGUUUUAAAUAAAAUUGAAUGAUAAUUUAGAGGUGAUCUUAAACUGGAAUUUUUAUGCUGUUUCUUACCCAUGGUACUUUACUUUAUUUUGACCGUUGUUCUAAUUGUGUGACCCCAUUGGGGUGACUGAUCAUCUCUAUUUUUCCCACUCUCCCCAAUAAACUUGUAACACAUUUAUCGAAAGGUAAACUAUUUAAAUUGUCAGUGAUAAUGGGAACUGCAGAUGUGGAGAAUCCAAGAUAACAA